UCUCUUUACGAGCAUUUCCUUCCUCCCUAAUCUCACUGCAAAUUUUCAACAAGUGAUCAGAUGCUGCCCUCUUUACGAGCAUUAUCGGCUCCAUUUUCUUGCAGGGCCUCGGUUAAUGACAACUUUAAUUCCCAUUCUCAUAGCCAGGAUGCCGCGUUCAUCCGACGCGCAGCACAGAUUGCCGACAAAUCCGCCGGUUUUACAUCUCCUCAUCCCAACUUCGGCUGCGUCAUAGCCACCAGUGCCGGAAAAGUCGCCGGAGAGGGCUAUCUCUAUGCGCAGGGAACCAAACCAGCGGAGGUCCUAGCUACUGAGGCCGCCGGUGCGUCUUGCCAUGGCGCAACAGCUUAUCUUAACAUGGAGCCUGGAGACUGCCAUGGUGACCACACUGCUGUGUCUGCUCUUGUUCAGGCAGGAAUCAGAAGAGUUGUUGUUGGCAUCAGGCACCCUUUGCAGCAUCUUAGAGGCACUGCCGUACGUGCAUUAAGAAGUCAAGGUCUGCAGGUUGAUGUUCUUGGAGAGGAUAUAAAAAGUAAAGUUCUAGAGGAGGCUCGGAAGUCUUGCCUCCUCGUCAAUGCUCCUCUGAUUCAUAGAGCUAUUUGUCGAGUUCCAUUCUCUGUUCUCAAGUAUGCCAUGACCCUUGAUGGUAAAAUUGCUGCUAGCAGUGGACAUGCAGCAUGGAUAAGCUGCGAAAAGUCUAGGGAUAGAGUGUUUGAAUUGCGAGGAAGAAGUGAUGCCAUUAUAGUUGGAGGAAAUACUGUGCGCAGAGAUAAUCCAAAGCUGACUGCAAGACAUGGAGGCGGCCAUAUGCCUAUUCGGAUUGUAAUGACACAAACUCUCAACCUUCCCGAGGAAGCCAGCCUUUGGGAUAUGUCUGAAGUAUCUACUAUUGUUGUUACCCAAAGGGGUGCUCGAAAGAGUUUUCAGAAAUUUCUUGUGUCUAAAGGAGUUGAAGUAGUGGAGUUCGACAUCUUAAACCCUAGAGAUAUAAUGGAAUAUUUUCAUGAUCGUGGGUAUCUUUCUAUUUUGUGGGAGUGUGGAGGGAUACUAGCCGCAUCUGCUAUUUCAUCUGGUGUCAUACACAAGGUUUACUCUUUCUUAUGGUUGUUUGGAUUCCUAUGUAGGUUACCUCUCUAUUGACUAUAACUUAAAGAACUGGGUUAUAUCUAUGCUUAUUCUUGGAAUGACGCUAAAAUUUAAUUUUGCAAUUAAUUUUAACCUUCUAACAGACAGA